AUGGCAGAACUUUAUCAGGAUAGGGACCAACUUCCUGGACAAACAGCUGAUGAAUCGUACAAGGACAAAGCAGCUGAAGAAUUGUACUGGGACAAAGCAGCUGACGAAUCGUACAAGGAGAAAGGAGCUAAUGAAUCGUACAAGGACAAAGCAGCUGAUGAAUUGUACAAGGACAAAGCAGCUGAUGAACUGUACAAGGACAAAGCAGCUGAUGAAUCGUACAAGGACAAAGCAGCUGUUGAAUUGUACAAAGACAAAGCAGCUGAUGAAUUGUACAGGGAGAAAGCAAUUGAUGAAUUGUACAAUUACAAAGCAGUUGAUGAAUUGUACAAGGACAAAGCAGCUGAUGAAUCGUACAAAGACAAAGCAGUUGAUGAAUUGUGCAAAGACAAAGCAGCUGAUGAAUUGUACAAAGACAAAGCAGCUGAUGAAUUGUACAGGGAGAAAGCAGCUGAUGAAUUGUACAAGGACAAAAUAGCUGAUGAAUCGUACAAAGACAAAGCAGCUGAUGAAUUGUACAGGGACAAAGCAGCUGUUUAG